AUGAGAAAUUCCCCGACCCCCAUCAAAACGACAAAACUUGGCACUGACGAGAAAGUAAGAGAACUCGUGUCUGCGCGAGUAAUAAUCGUGUAAAGGUUAACCCGUCCACUUCCUCACGUCCGAAACAGUCCAGAGUUGCGCGACAACAGCAGUUGUCGCCGCAGAACUAUGGAGGAUUCGCUGGAAGACGAAAUUCUGUACCAGACUUACAUUUCGCACAUGAACAAGUUCACGUUCAUCCUGCCGUUCAUACCCCAGAGAUUGCCAACUCUGAACUACGCGCUACGGAUAUUGCGAUUGUAUCUGCUCAAGCCCGAAGUGUUCUUCGUGACGCUCAUCUCGAUCGUCCUGCUCGUCUAUUUACAAACAGCCAACAACCUCUGGGGCAGGCCGGUGAUCGCGCGCCUGCAGAACGGACUCAGCAGGUCCACCUUUUCGUGUCCUCAGUUACUCAGCAAGACGAUCAAGAGCUCAAAUGACUCGUCGUGGUGCACAGUUGGUCAGAAAGCGGCCGUGUUCGCUAUCCAAGGACGUAGACCGCACAUGGAGGACCGAUUCGUCCUUGCGGAGGAUUUCGGAGACUCGGGAAUUUCGCUUUUCGCCGUUUUUGAUGGGCACGGCGGAGAGCUGGCUGCCAAUUUUGCGUCCGACAAGCUAUCAAACAGCGUCCAGACUAAAAUUUUAGAGGCCAAAAUCUACAGCAAAAGCGGAAAGAAAGUCGAGAAAGAGCCCGAGGGAAGCAGCGAUUCUCCUAAAGAAACUGUAGAGGAAAAGAAACCGAAGGAAAAAGUCGCUGAAUCUCCAGUAAGCAAGCCGAAAGAAAAGACUGUGAAGGACGACAUGCUGUUUGGAAGUGAUAAACAGAAAGUAAACUCUAUUUUGCUACAAGAAAUUGUGAACAAAAGGAGGGGCAACCCGAGCCCGCCGAAAGCCGCAGUGAGGAAGCCUGGCGUGGCCGCGGAUUACGUCUCCAAGGGCCAGAUCAAUUAUGAUCGCCUCUUGACAGACGAAAUCCUCUUGGCCGACGAGCAGCUGGUGGCCAAAGCCAAGAGCCUCUUCGACAUAGCAGGUUCGACCGCUUUGAUGGCUGUGCUCGAGGGCUCAAGAUUAAUCGUAGCUAAUGUUGGAGAUUCACGCGGCGUCAUGUGUGACCACAAAGGCAACGCCAUCCCCCUGUCCUUUGAUCACAAGCCGCAGCAAAGUAAAGAGCGACAGCGCAUCAUGCAGGCCGGUGGCCUAGUCACUUUCAAUGGCGUGUGGCGCGUGGCAGGCAUUCUCGCCACCUCGAGGGCGCUUGGUGACUACCCUCUGAAGGACAGAAACCUGGUCGUGGCCGAGCCAGACAUUUUGACCUUUGAUCUGUCAGAUCACCGUCCGCAAUUCAUAAUCCUCGCCUCUGACGGGCUGUGGGACACGUUCACCAACGAAGAAGCUGUUACCUUCAUAAAGGAACGAAUUACCGAGCCAUUUUACGGUGCUAAGAGUAUAACCCUGCAAGCUUUCCACAGGGGCUCCCUGGAUAAUAUCACUGUUCUUGUUGUUUGCUUCAAAGAUUACCAGUGGUCAAAGAAAUAGUUAUUUUACAAGGCGUCAGGAAAGUGUGCAAUUGUUGUCGGCUGGGCUUGACAACUUCAAGUCCAAUGUUUGUUGUUGCUGGGCUCCGAUGUUUGAUCAGCAGGAAUACCUGGCUAUUUAUCAGUGGGAGCUUAAUCAAAAGAAAAUUUACGACUUGUUACUGCGGUCAGAGUUCUAUUUGAAUUGGAGUUGCAAGCAAAACGAUGAUUGUUCAUACUCUUAGCACGAAACAUUAUUUGUAAUUGUGACUCACUUGGUAGGAAGCUACAAUUAUAAUUGGAAAGUUCCUAUAUACAUUUUAACAAAUCACUGCUACUUACUGAGUUAUAUUGAUUUGAGGUGACGCUAAAGCUGGCUUUAAACGGUUUAAAUUAGUUGAAGUGCGCUUUUUGGAGAUAAAAAUAGCGUUGUUAUUUCUGGUCCAAUAUAAUCCAAAUAAAACAAUUUUUGCCAUUGACAUAAGUUUAAAUAA